AUGAAAGGGGUUCCAUAUGCUUCGGCCAUUGGAAGCCUCAUGUAUGCAAUGCUAUAUACCAGACCAGAUAUUUGUCAUGCAGUUGGUAUGGUUAGUCGAUUCCAAUCAAACCCUGGACAGGAACAUUGGACAGCUAUUAAGUGUAUCAUGAAGUACUUGAGAAGAACAAAGGAUUAUUUCCUUGUUUAUGGUAUAGAUAACUUAUCCGUAGUAGGGUACAUAGACUCAGAUUUCCAGUCAGAUAAAGAUGAUCAAAAAUCGACAUCUGGCAUGAUAUUUAUGCUAGGAGGAGGGGCUGUCAUAUGGAAGAGUGCAAAGCAAAAGGCAACGGCGGAUUCCAUAACUGAGGCUGAAUACUUAGCAUCUUGUGAAGCAGCUAAGGAAGGGGUACGAUUGAGAAAAUUUUUCGUCGAUAUAGAGGUAGUACCUGACCUCGUUAAAGACCCCAUGACUUUGUUAUGUGAUAACAAAGGAGCCAUUGCUCAAGCUAAGGAACCAAGAGCAAAUCAGAAGAACAAGCAUGUGGAGCGCAAGUAUCAUCUCCUUCGAGAGAUAAUAUAA